GUAAGCUAAAUACUCAUCUUUUUGAGUCUUCGCUUUUUCAAUUUGAAUCAACUAGAAGCAAUCCCUUCUUCUCCUAAUCUUCUUUGGAUUCUUGUUCAUAAUUUCUCUUUAAAUUCUCUCCACACCACUAUAAUUCUCAAUCUUCACGACCUGAACUUGGGUAAUCUGAUCAGUUAGAAUCCGAAGAAACCAUGUCUUACGCUUACCUCUUCAAGUACAUAAUCAUCGGUGACACUGGUGUGGGGAAAUCAUGUCUCCUUCUACAGUUCACAGACAAGCGGUUCCAGCCAGUGCAUGACUUAACUAUUGGUGUUGAAUUUGGUGCAAGGAUGAUCACAAUUGAUAACAAGCCCAUAAAGUUGCAAAUAUGGGACACGGCUGGUCAAGAAUCCUUCAGAUCCAUUACAAGGUCAUACUACAGAGGGGCUGCUGGUGCUUUGCUAGUUUACGAUAUCACUAGAAGGGAAACUUUUAAUCACCUGGCUAGCUGGCUUGAAGAUGCAAGACAGCAUGCAAAUGCAAACAUGACAAUUAUGCUCAUUGGCAACAAAUGUGAUCUUGCUCACAGAAGGGCAGUGAGCACAGAAGAAGGCGAGCAGUUCGCCAAGGAGCAUGGAUUGAUAUUCAUGGAGGCCUCUGCAAAAACUGCCCAAAAUGUUGAGGAGGCAUUCAUAAACACAGCGGCAACAAUCUACAAGAAGAUUCAUGAUGGAGUCUUUGAUGUAUCAAAUGAGUCUUAUGGAAUCAAAGUUGGAUAUGGAGGAAUCCCAGGACCAUCAGGAGGCAGAGAUGGCUCUGCAGCUCAAGGUGGGGGCUGUUGCAAUUGAAACCUGAUCGAGAAGUGACAUUCCAAUUGAAAUGAAACUCUUCUACAUAUUUUAUUUGUUUUCAUCAUUCUGUCUUCUUUUAUUUAUUUUUUAGUAGGAAUCUAAAGCACUAAAAUAUGCA